CGGAUAUCCCACAAUGGUUGGCCCAUCCUACGCUCCGAUCAAGACAGAAUCAGAGGUCUUUUCCCUCUCCCUCCACCCAACCGAGGACCUGAUCACCAUCGCUCAAUUGACAGGACAUGUCGCAUGUUACCGCUACACCGACGACGGCGCGGCGCCUGUUGAGGUCUGGAAGGCUAAGCGACAUAAGAAAUCGUCAAGGGGAGUUCAGUUCACGGACGACGGUUUGCACUUGGUGUCGGUUGGGCGGGACAGGGUCAUCAAGAAGGCAGCUACAGAGACUGGAAGGGUUGUGGCAAAGAUGACUGACGCGCAUGAUGAUGCGAUCAAUGCGUUGACGAUUAUGUCUGAGACAUUGAUUGCUACUGGGGAUGACUCUGGCUGUGUAAAGUUCUGGGAUGAGAGGAAGCCGGGGAAGGCUGUGAGGGAGUAUGUGCAUCAUUUCGAUUAUAUCUCGUCAUUGCAGCCAUUGGAUGCGAAGGUCCUUGUUGCGACCAGUGGGGAUGCGUCACUUUCUGUGUUGGACAUACGGAAGGGCGCUUUUGUUGCGCAGAGUGAGGAUCAAGAGGAUGAUCUCACAUCUUGUGCGCUUGUCAAGAAUGGGAAGAAGUUAGUUGUGGGACAGGCGGAGGGUGUGUGUACACUGUUUAACGUGAUGAAGGAUAAUUCGCAGUGGGGGGAUCAUGUCGACCGUAUCCCUGGACAUCCUGGGUCUGUUGACACCAUGAUUGCUGUCGACCAAGACCGUGUGGUAACAGGUUGUUCAGACGGCAUUGUCCGCAUCCUCAACAUCCAGCCGAAUAAGUUCAACGGUGUGUUGGGUGCUCAUGAUGAGGGCAUGGGUGUCGAGUGCUUGGAUCUGAUGAGAGGUGGGGAGUGGGUUGCGUCUGGUGGUGGAAGCGAGGUGUUGUUUCAUAGGAUUAAUGCGGAUGAGGAGGAUGAGGAGAAGAGGGAUAGGAGUCAUGACAGUGAUAGUGAUGAUGAGCCGCGGAAGAAGAAGAAGGGGAAGAAGAUGAAGGAUACGGCGAAGCCGAAGAAUGCGUUCUUUGCGGGGUUGGACUAGGAGUGGGGUG